AGUCUUGAAACUUGAAACUACUUCCACUCCCUCUAUUAAAUGGACAUGAGAGACAAUGUGACCAUCACAGAAAAUGGCCUCUUCCUCUUCCUUGGUUCUGUCUUCUCCGUCUUUGACUCCGGUAAUAAAAGACGGAGAAUAUAAAAACUGGGCGGAGCUUCCGUCUGAACUAACGUCAUCCAUCCUGCAAAGGCUCAGCCUGGUUGAGAUAUUGGAAAACGCUCAGAAAGUGUGUACGUCUUGGCGUCGCGUCUGUAAAGACCCUUCUAUGUGGCGGAAGAUUGUCAUGCAUAACCUUGGAAACUUGUGGUACGACCGCGAGAUCAUGUGCCGUCACGUAGUGGAUCGUAGCCAGGGUGGCUUGAUUGAGAUUGAAAUUUGGUAUUUUUGUACUGAUUCUCUCCUCAACUACAUAGCUGAUAGGUUAAGUCUCUGUCUCUCUCUCAUGAGGUCUAGCUGGUGCUGCUAAGUUCUUUUGUGAAUAUGCUUUGCGUUUUUAGCGUUCUUAGUAUCUUACUUGGCUUCAGUCUUUUUUGUUUAUCAAUAACACGCAAUUCUUUUCAGUUCAAGUAGCCUGAGAAGCCUUACACUUGCACUGUGCUCUCAAAUAACAAACAACGGACUUACCGAAGCACUUAUGAAGCUUCCAUUGCUUGAAGAACUCGAUGUCUCGUUCAGCACACUGUCCGGAGAUUCUCUCAGAGUUGUAGGCCAGUCUUGUCCUAAUCUGAAGACAUUUAAGCUAAACUGCUUGGGUGACAUUCGUACCGCGAACGAGGGCGACGAUGAUGCUCUAGCUAUCGCUGAAACAAUGCCUGGACUUCACAACCUCCAGAUUUUCGGAAACAAAUUAACAGAUGCUGGUUUAAACGCCAUUAUUGAUCAUUGUCUUAACCUGGAACAUCUUGAUUUACGUCAGUGUUUCAACGUUAACAUUGUCGGGGAUCUGGAGAAGCGGUGUUCCGAAAGGGUCAAAGUUUUGAGACGACCUAAUGAUUCUACUCAUGAUUACCCAUAUGAAGAAGUGUUGGUUUUCAAUACGAUGAGAGCAUCUGAAGAUGGCUUCAUGCCAAAUGUUAGUUGUUAUCAUGACUUCGAAGGUGCCAGUGACAAUUCUGACUACGACCCGUAUGAUGUUUAUGAUGACCCGUAUGAUAUGUACGGCGAUCUGCGUUUCUAGGUGCAGUGGUGAAAUGUUUUCAUUAUCUCUUUUAAAGUAGUUUCUAUAAGGUCAUUCGUGUCA